CUAUUUAAUAGGUGUAUUAUGGGAAAUUCCAACUCAGUCUAGACACAAGCUUAACCCCAAUAGGAAUGCAAAGCAUGCAGUGCUUGUCCAGAGACCAGAUAAUUGAGGGAUGAAUGCAUUAUUUUCAAUGGAGAAGAAUAAUGUAAGAAGGAAAUAGAAAACCAUAAAGUAUGUUUAAAAAAGUAUGGGUUUGAAUGAAUUAUAUCCAUAAGUUAGUUAUUAAAUAAUCGUUUAUGUAGAUA